AGUUGUGGCAUCGCGUGACACACGGCCAACACCAACAGCAGCGUAGAUCAACUGUGAUCGCCUCUCUUGCUGUUUUCAUUGUUUCUGUUACUGUUCUUCAAAGGUGCGAUUCUUUUUUCGCGUCUGCCGCAUUCUUAUUAUUUGGGUGCACCCGAUCCCUUGGCUUCUUCUUUGUUCUUCCGCAACAUCCUCUCUACUCGUGGGCGUUGUGCUGUCCGCUUUCAUACUAGUGGGCCUAGGCGGAGCGAACUGCAGCGGUCACUGUCCGUGCGGCACGCAGUAAAGCCGCUAUUCUGUGGCUCUUUGCUUUUCCUGCUCACCACGUGACAACUUUUGCGGGUGAAUUCACCUCUUCUUAAUCCUUUAACUAAAUAUAUAUUUUUUCUCCUUUUGUAAAACAUGGCGGAGGGUCCUAUUCGCACAGAGGAGGCACGCGACCUGACGCGGGUGGAGCGGGUGGGCGCCCACUCGCACAUCCGCGGCCUCGGCCUCGAUGACACCUUAGAGGCACGCCUGUCGAGCCAGGGAAUGGUCGGCCAGACCCAGGCUCGCCGCGCGGCGGGUGUGGUCGUGCAGAUGGUGAAGGAAGGCAAGAUUGCGGGCCGCUGCGUGAUGCUGGCCGGUGGGCCCGGCUCCGGUAAGACGGCCAUCGCGAUGGCCAUGGCGCAGUCAUUGGGGCCGGAAACGCCCUUCACGAUGAUCGCGGGGAGUGAGAUUUUCUCGCUGGAGAUGUCCAAGACGGAAGCCCUCACACAAGCCUUUCGCCGCAGCAUCGGCGUCCGCAUUAAGGAGGAGACAGAGAUGAUCGAGGGGGAGGUGGUGGAGGUGACGAUUGAGCGGCCGUCGACGAACCCGGCUGAGGCGCACCAGCGCACCGGGCAGCUCGUGCUCAAGACUUCCGACAUGGAGUCGACCUUCGACCUCGGGCAGAAGAUGAUUGAGAGCCUGCAGAAGGAGAAGGUGCAGGUCGGCGACGUCAUCACGAUUGACAAGGCGACGGGACGCAUUAGCAAGCUGGGCCGCAGCUUCGUUCACAGCAAAGACUUUGACGCGAUGUCCGCCAACACGCGCUUCGUGCAGACCCCGGAGGGGGAGCUGUCGAAGCGGAAGGAGGUGGUGCACACCGUGACGCUGCACGAGGUGGACGUCAUCAACUCCCGCCAGCAGGGCUUUCUCGCCCUCUUCGCCGGCGACACCGGCGAGAUCAAGCCGGAGGUGCGGGAGCAGAUCGAUCAACGGGUGGCGGAGUGGCGCGAGGAGGGCAAAGGCGAGAUCGUGCCGGGCGUCCUCUUCAUCGACGAAGUCCACAUGCUGGACAUUGAGUGCUUCUCGUGGCUCAACCGCGCGUUAGAGAGCUCCUUGGCCCCAGUCGUGAUUGUGGCCUCCAACCGCGGCAUCUCGCGCAUUCGAGGCACGCAGUACCGUGCCCCACACGGCAUCCCCAUUGAUCUUCUCGAUCGCAUGAUCAUCAUCACGACGAGCGCCUACACGGACGAGGAGCUGGGCAAGAUCAUCAACAUCCGCUGCGAGGAGGAGGACGUCGAGCUGAGCGAGGACGCCUUCGCGCUGCUGACGGUGCUGGGCAAGACCACCUCGCUCCGCUACGUGCUCCAGCUCAUCACAACGGCGAACAUGGUGGCCCAGAAGCGCAAGUCUUCAACCGUCGGGGUGGAGGACAUUAAGAAGGUGUACUUCCUCUUCAUUGACCUCCGUCGCAGUGUGGAGCUGUUGCACGAGCACGAGCAGGACUUUCUGUUUGGCGAGGAGGACGCGCACGUGGAGAACUCGACGCGGCAGCGCGUGGAGGGCGAGGGCGAAAACCGAAAUGAGGAGGAAGUGCGGUGA